CGUCAAUAUCCUUCGAGAACCCGGAUGAAUUCGUCAUUAGACAACAAAGUAAGACGAAGAAAAGAGCAUCCUGGAUAACUCAAAUAUAUAGGGAUUUAUAGGACAAAUAUACUUAUAAAAAGACAUUUUUAUAUUUAUUUGGUAUGUCUACUCCUGCUAGACGACGUCUUAUGAGAGAUUUUAGAAGAUUACAAGAAGAUCCACCAGCAGGAGUAAGCGGCGCACCAACAGAUAACAAUAUUAUGCUAUGGAAUGCAGUGAUAUUUGGACCGAGUGAUACACCCUUUGAAGAUGGCACAUUUAAACUAACUAUAGAGUUUACAGAAGAAUACCCAAAUAAGCCUCCCACAGUUCGAUUUGUAUCAAAAAUGUAUCAUCCUAAUGUUUAUGCGGAUGGAAGUAUAUGCUUAGAUAUCUUACAAAAUAGAUGGAGCCCUACAUAUGACGUAUCUGCAAUAUUAACUUCAAUUCAGUCUUUGUUACAUGACCCCAAUCCCAACAGUCCCGCAAACAAUGAGGCGGCACAGAAAUACAGGGAAAAUAGGCGGGAAUAUGAGAAAAAAGUGGCACAAAUUGUGCAACAGAGCUGGGAAGAGGAAGACGAUGACGAUUAGUCUAUGGCCAUAUUUAGCAUAAUUUUAUCUUAAGUUUAUACCAAUUGUGACCAAAAUUCUUGUACCAAGACUGUGUUUUUUGUGGUAAACUUGGUUUUAAUCUCACCAUACAAGAAUAUUGUCAGCGGUGUAAACAAUAUAUUUAGAUAUUUGCCACAGGUCCACAUAUAUACAUGCACUAAAGUUAAAAUACAUAUUGAAAGACAGUUAUAUGAUAUACCAACCAAUCCAGUAAAUCAUGUCACCCAUUGGGUAUGAUGUCAUCUUUCAGUGUCAAGGCAACAAUGGGAAUAACUACAAAACAGAAAUUGCUAAUUUUCAAAACUUUGUUCAAUUUUCUAUAACAUUGUUACCUGCAAAAUAUGACAUGAUGAGCCAAUG